AUUCAGUAGCGCCUCUACCGUCACUCAGUUGAUAUAUCUGUGUAGUUGAGAACACGUGCAGAAUCAUGCCUAAUAUAAAAGUUUUCAGCGGUAAUUCGCAUCCUGAUUUGGCAGUCAGAAUUGCUGAUAGACUUGGAAUCGAACUUGGAAAAGUCACCUCGAAGAAAUUCAGCAAUCAGGAAACUAGUGUUGAAAUAGGAGAGUCAGUUCGAGGUGAAGAUGUCUAUAUAGUUCAAUCAGGAUGCGGAGAAGUAAACGAUAACCUCAUGGAGUUGUUAAUUAUGAUAAACGCUUGUAAAAUUGCUUCGGCUGCUCGCGUUACAGCAGUUCUUCCAUGUUAUCCCUACGCCAGACAAGAUAAAAAAGAUAAAAGUCGAGCUCCAAUAUCAGCUAAACUCGUUGCCAACAUGUUAUCUGUCGCAGGGGCCGAUCAUAUUAUAACUAUGGAUUUGCAUGCUUCUCAAAUUCAAGGUUUUUUUGAUAUACCCGUUGAUAACCUCUACGCCGAACCUGCAGUUCUUAAGUGGAUCAGAGAAAAUAUUAUCGAAUGGAAAAACUGUACUAUCGUUUCGCCCGAUGCUGGUGGUGCUAAAAGGGUGACGUCUAUCGCCGACCGCUUAGGAGUCGAAUUCGCUUUGAUUCAUAAAGAGCGUAAGAAGGCCAAUGAAGUAUCGUCUAUGGUUUUAGUCGGGGACGUUAAGGACAGGAUAGCCAUAUUGGUCGAUGAUAUGGCUGAUACCUGCGGAACAAUCUGCCAUGCGGCGGAAAAGUUGCAAGAAGCCGGAGCCACAAAAGUUUACGCCAUUUGCACGCACGGUAUAUUCUCCGGGCCGGCAAGCAACAGAAUUAAUGAAUCGCUAUUCGAGGCUGUGGUAGUAACGAACACGAUUCCUCAGGAAGAGAAGAUGAAGAAAUCGCCAAAGAUUAGGUGUGUUGACGUCUCGAUGAUGUUAGCGGAAGCUAUAAGAAGAACUCAUAAUGGUGAGUCAGUUUCAUAUUUGUUCAGCAAUGUACCAAUGUAA